GACCGAUCCAUUUCGUUCUCCUCCCCCUCCCCCUCUCUAAUCACCCCAGGCAGCGAAGGGAUGCCACUGCCCCCUCCACGGCCAGGCAGCCUGGUGAGGAGCCUGCACAGUGUGUCCGCUGUCUCUGGGCUCGGGGAGCACCUGGGGAGCCGGAUGGAAGUAUUUGGAAGUGAUCCUCAAGAUACCAGCUCAAAUCCCAAAUAUUUCUGAACAUCGUAUGUUGACAUUUGUGUCUCUAGAUUAUUGCUGGUAUGGCUCUUCCACCUCCAGACCCACAGUUUGUUCUACGGGGUACUAGUGCUGAAGUCCAUACUCUACAUUUUUAUUGUGGAGGCCAAGAACCCGAUUACCCCAUUCUCUUCUCUGGGUCUUCCAAUGGGCUGAUCCAUGUCUGGAACCUGAAGACACGCAGGGUCGAUACAAUUCUAGAUGGCCAUGGAGGAAAAUCUGUGUACUGGGUGGAAGCAAUCUAUGGCAGAGACAGGCUCCUCAGCCAGGGUCGUAACCAAAAGAUCUGCCUCUGGGAUUUGGCAGAAGGAAGGAACACAGUGACAGAUUCUGUUUUCACUGAGAACGUGGGAUUCUGCAAAUGUUCUCUGCUGAAGGUGGCACAGGGACAUUGGCUAAUGGCCAUGCCAGGAAAAGACCUAGAUGAGGUUCAGGUUUUGGAGCUGCCAUCCAAGACAUCAGUCUGUACCUUGAAGCCAGAGGCGGAUGCCAAACCGGGCAUGCCCAUGUGUCUGAAGCUAUGGCAGCCUGACUUUGGUUCAUGUCCUUUUCUUCUGGCUGGCUAUGAGGAUGGAUCAGUGAUUCUGUGGAAUUUAUCAGGGGGAAAAAUAUUAAGCCGACUUGCUUGCCACCAGGAGCCAGUGAUGAGCCUUGACUUUGACUCUGAAAAGACGAAGGGGGUCUCGGGCUCAUCUGAGGAGGUGCUUACCGUCUGGAGCCUCGAUGAGCAGCAGAAUUUAAAGGUUCAGAAAACACACAAACUCGUCAAUGCUGGGAUUGCUGAUGUUGCCAUCCGCCAGGACAAGAAGAUCCUGGCAACAGCAGGGUGGGAUCAUCGUAUCAGGAUCUUUGGCUGGAAGAAACUGAAGCCCUUGGCAAUACUGGACUACCACACAGCAACUGUCCACUGUGUAUCCUUCUCAGAUCACAGUAGGCCAAGUGAAAGACUGCUGGCAGCUGGCUCAAAAGAUCACCGCAUUAGUAUCUGGUCAAUCUAUAAUCAAACCUCAGGUGCUUUGCACUGUCCUUUGGAAACUCGAAAGCCGGACUGAUAAACCAGAAAUUGUUGUGUGAUUAAAAUCUGGGGAUGGGGAAGUAUUAAACCAUCUGCAGUUUGAAUGCAAGUCCCCAGAAGAACCUAUUCACUAUAGAAAAUGUGUUGUUGUAGAAGGGAAAGCUAAUGCUAGGAAGGGAAGAAUGGAUGAUCAUGCAGUUAAGGCAAAGGCCUACCAGAGAUGAAUUCUGUUACAUCCUCUGCCACAUGCUUCUUUUGGCAAAUUGUUUUGAUUCUUUGUACCAGUUUUCUCAUCUGUAAAAUGGAGAUAAGUGCUGUCACUCAGGCAUGGUGUGGUCUAGAGUACACUGGUUUCCAAAUCAUAUUGAGAUCCUUUAAUGUACGUAAGUGCAAAGAAUCAGUUUUAUGUGAACUUGAACCCAUUAAACCAUCCAUAGCAGUU